AUGUAAUUAUUAAAGGAAAUAGUAGUAAAUGUCAAUAAUCCAAUCAAUUCAAUUGAAUAAUUAAAGAAAUAAAUACUUCUAAAAUUCAAUAAAUAACAAUAUAAUACCUUAGAUUAAACACAUCAUCGUUCAAUAUCUACUUAAGAGACUCCAUUCACAGUAAUAAGUAUUAAAAAACCAAAGUUAUAACUUAAUACAAUUGAAUUAAUUCCAUUAUAGAACAAAACUAGAUUUAUGCCUAAUUCUACAUUGGAAUUGAUUGUAAAAUAACAAAAAAAUAAAUCAUUUCAAUUUAAAUAGAAGAUUUAUACUUAAGAAUCUAAAGAGAAGAGUGAAUAUGUUAAAGGGAGAAAGAGAUUCAAUAAGAAUGUUGAAUGUCUUAAAUAAAACAAUUAAAGAUUUAGAUUAAGUGUAAGUGUAAAUGAAUAAUCAUAAUAAUUGAAUAAACUUCUUGAAAGCAGAUUAUCAAAUAUAAUGAGAUAAAACAAUCAUGAUAAUUAUUUAUAUUGA